UGAGCGGGAGUUCUCUUGGGGCUUCACAGGAGAUGCUGCCGGACCAGCCUCUCAGCUUUGUCUCCUUGUGCAUGCACAGGACAUUGUGCAGAAAGCAUCACUUUCUGUGGAUAUUACUCAUCCUGUUAGUGGUCUGCAUUGCCAUUCAAACAUUGGUCGCCCGCCAGGCCAGGUGGCGAAGGUGAUGCCUUCGGAUGCAUUCUAUUUCUCCAUCAUAAGAAAUCCAGUUGCCAUGAUGGAGUCCAUCUUUAUUUACUACAAGAGCAUCCCAGCCUUCCACAAGACUCAAAGCCUGGAUGACUUCCUAGACAACAGAUUCCAAAACUACAGUUCAUCAGUUCUUAACAACCAUUAUGCUCACAAUAUUAUGGCAUUUGACUUUGGAUUUAAUAACAAUGUUUCUGCAGCUAUUGAAGACUUUGAGGAAAGAACUAACAGGUAUAUUGCUGCAGUUGAACAGGACUUCCAGCUCAUUCUUAUUUCAGAAUACUUUGAAGAGUCAAUGAUCUUGCUCAAACACAGCCUUUGUUGGUCUUUUGAUGACGUGGUUUCAUUUAAACUGAACAGCCGAAAUGAACGCACGCGUCACUCACUUUUACCUAUGACUGCAGAAAAAAUCAAGAGGUGGAAUGCUCUGGACUGGAGGAUCUACACACAUUUCAACAGAACAUUUUGGCACAAAGUGGAUACUCUUAUUGGACGAGAGCAGAUGAAAGUUGAAGUUGCUCAUUUAAAACGGUUACAGGCUAAAUUGGCUAACACUUGCUUAGCAGAUGGUGGACCUGUUGAUCCACUCCAGGUAAAAGAAGCUAGAUUAAAGCCAUUCCAGUACGGAGCAGCUGUCAUACAGGGCUACAACCUCAAUCCACACAUAGAUGCACAAACCAAAACUAAAUGUGAGAGAUUAAUAACACCAGAACUGCAGUAUACAGAUAGGCUCUACACCCAGCAAUUCCCUGAGUUAGCGGGUAAACACAGAAAAGGGCUGCCGUACAAAGUCAGCACUCAGAAAUUAUAGAAUUGGCAAGAAAAGCCUUUGAAAAGGAAUUCUCAAGACAGGCACAAAACUCGUCUAAACCUUUAACAGUCAAAAGACCCGAGAAAGUACUCAAUGACAAACAUUAAAAUAUUGUGUGUCUAUCUAUUAUGUACUCUGUCAAUACACUUGAACUUGACAAUCAUCUGUACACUUGAAACAUUGCUACUGCUACACUAAACCCCACAAACCAGUUUGAGAUGAUAUUUUGUGGCCCCCACCUUACUAUGAAAGUACACUAUAAUGGGAG